GGGAGCGCUCAAUUGUGGGAGAAGGACCGCCAGUCCCCUCUCUGUGUUUGCCGUCAAUGGCUUUCUGGACUUAUUUAAAUUGAAUGUCUGGGCUCUGUCAACACCAAUAAUGGAUAUUCUAUGGAUAUUAUGGAGCAUACCGGCCGUGAUAGCUGUUGAAGAGACGCUCAUGGAUUCCACCACAGCCACGGCAGAGCUUGGCUGGACCGUCUAUCCUGUGUCGGGGUCAAGUGACAAUAGCUGGGAGGAAGUGAGCGGUUACGAUGAACACAUGAACACCAUCAGGACGUACCAGGUGUGUAAUGUUUUUGACAGCAAUCAGAACAACUGGGUACGGACAAAAUAUAUCAGGCGUCGCGGGGCACAGCGGAUCCAUGUGGAGAUGAAGUUCUCUGUUAGGGACUGCAGUAGCAUCCCUAAUGUCCCGGGCUCCUGUAAAGAAACAUUUAACCUAUAUUACUAUGAAUCAGAUUCUGACACAGCCACCAGAUCCUCUCCGGCAUGGAUGGAGAACCCCUGGAUCAAAGUUGACACCAUUGCUGCAGACGAGAGCUUCUCCCAGGUGGACCUCGGAGGCAGAGUGAUGAAGAUCAAUACCGAGGUGCGGAGCUUCGGCCCCGUGUCAAAGAAUGGCUUUUACUUGGCCUUUCAGGACUACGGCGGCUGCAUGUCACUCAUCGCAGUCCGGGUCUUCUACCGAAAGUGUCCUCGAAUCAUCACUAAUGGGGCAUUGUUCCAGGAGACUCUGUCAGGGGCAGAAAGCACCUCGCUGGUGGCUGCAAGGGGAGUUUGUAUCCCUAACGCAGAGGAGGUGGAUGUGCCCAUAAAGCUUUACUGCAACGGCGAUGGAGAAUGGAUGGUACCCAUCGGGCGCUGUAUGUGCAAAGCCGGGAAUGAGGCUGUGGAAAAUGGAACCGUUUGUAAAGCUUGCCCUUCAGGAUUUUUCAAGCCCACUCAAGGAGAUGAGUCCUGUAUGCAGUGUCCCAUCAACAGUCGGACCACAAGUGAGGGCGCCAUCAACUGUGUUUGCCGCAACGGAUACUAUCGAACUGACUCUGAUCCUCUCCAGAUGCCAUGCACAACUGUCCCCUCAGCCCCACAGGCUGUGAUCUCAAGUGUGAAUGAGACCUCUGUGAUGCUGGAGUGGAUGCCACCUCGCGAUUCCGGAGGUCGCGAGGACGUCGUCUACAACAUCAUCUGCAAGAGCUGUGGCGGAGGUCGUGGCGGGUGCACCCGCUGCGGGGACAACGUUCAGUUUUUACCCCGUCAGCUCGGCCUGACAGAAAGCCGGGUGUACAUUAGUGACCUGUUGGCCCACACGCAGUAUACGUUUGAGGUGCAGGCUGUCAACGGGGUGUCAGAUCAGAGCCCCUACUCUCCUCAGUACGCCUCAGUCAACAUUACCACUAACCAGGCUGCCCCAUCCACUGUAUCCAUAAUGCACCAGGUCAGCCGCACUGUGGACAGCAUCACGCUCUCUUGGUCUCAGCCAGAUCAGCCAAAUGGUGUCAUCUUGGACUAUGAACUACAGUAUUAUGAAAAGGAUCAAUCAGAAUAUAACUCUACCACCAUCAGAAGCCAGACGAAUACGGCAGUCAUCCGUGGCCUCAAGUCAGGGAGCAUCUAUGUUUUCCAGGUCCGGGCCCGCACCGUAGCUGGGUUCGGACGCUACAGUGGCAAACUGUACUUCCAGACCAUGACGGAGGAGGAAUACAACACACGCUUGCAGGAGAAACUUCCACUCAUCAUUGGGUCGGCAGCUGCAGGGUUGGUUUUCCUCAUUGCUUUGGUUGUCAUCAUCAUCGUUUGUAACCGGAGGCGUGGCUUUGACAGAGGUGAUUCAGAAUACACAGACAAACUGCAGCACUACACCAGCGGCCACAUGUCUCCAGGAAUGAAGAUUUACAUUGAUCCGUUCACAUAUGAAGACCCGAACGAGGCUGUGAGGGAGUUUGCCAAGGAGAUUGAUAUAUCCUGUGUGAAGAUUGAACAGGUCAUCGGUGCAGGAGAGUUUGGGGAAGUGUGCAGCGGCAACCUAAAGCUCCCUGGAAAAAGGGAGAUGUUCGUGGCUAUAAAGACCCUGAAGUCUGGCUACACUGAAAAGCAAAGGAGAGACUUCCUGAGCGAGGCCAGCAUCAUGGGUCAGUUUGACCAUCCUAACGUCAUUCAUCUCGAAGGAGUGGUGACCAAGAGCAGUCCUGUAAUGAUCAUCACUGAAUUCAUGGAGAAUGGGUCGCUUGAUACUUUCCUGAGACAAAACGAUGGGCAGUUCACCGUGAUCCAGCUUGUCGGUAUGCUACGUGGCAUUGCUUCGGGCAUGAAGUACCUUGCGGACAUGAAUUAUGUGCAUCGUGACCUCGCUGCCCGAAACAUCCUGGUCAACAGCAACCUUGUGUGCAAAGUGUCAGACUUCGGCCUCUCCCGCUUCUUGGAGGACGAUACAUCAGAUCCCACGUACACAAGUGCUCUGGGAGGGAAGAUCCCUAUCCGAUGGACGGCUCCCGAAGCGAUCCAGUACAGAAAGUUCACCUCAGCUAGCGAUGUGUGGAGCUACGGGAUUGUCAUGUGGGAAGUCAUGUCCUACGGAGAGAGACCUUACUGGGACAUGACCAAUCAAGAUGUCAUCAAUGCUAUAGAGCAAGACUAUCGGCUGCCCCCGCCGAUGGACUGUCCCAGCGCGUUGCACCAGCUCAUGUUGGACUGCUGGCAGAAGGACCGCAACAACCGUCCCAAGUUUAGCCAGAUUGUUAACAACCUCGACAAGAUGAUCCGCAAUCCCAACACACUGAAGGCCAUGACUCCUUUAGCUUCAGGGGUUCAUCUCCCUCUUCUGGACCGCAGCAUCCCAGACUUCUCCACCUUCAGCACUGUGGACGAGUGGCUGGAUGCCAUCAAGAUGGGCCAGUACAAAGAAAACUUUGCCAGUUCUGACUUUUCAACAUUUGAUGUGGUGUCUCAGAUGACCAUGGAUGACAUCUUGAGGGUUGGCGUGACUUUAGCAGGCCAUCAAAAGAAAAUCCUGAACAGUGUCCAGAUGAUGCGUGCACAGAUGAACCAGAUUCAGUCGGUGGAAGUUUGACCCUCCUGAGAGGAGCAGAGGGGGAUGAACGGUGUUGGGAGACAGGGCUCUGGACGUGGAGGAUGGAGUGGAUUUUAUUUUUUCCCUGUGUGGCAUUGUGUCUGGUUUUUCCCACCAGACUACCAUCAAGCCCCACGUUCCCCUACUCCCGUUCCCUCUCUCCUCCUCCUCUCUCUUCUCCCUAACCCUCCCUCCGUGCUUGGGAUAAGAUGUGGAGAGCUGCGACGACGCAAGUCAAAGCGAUGAAGAAUUCAGCCGGCCCGCAGCCAAACCCACUAUUAAAACCAGAAACACGGGAGGUUAGAAGUGACCAGCAAAUCAAUUUUUUUCAAUCUUCCACCAAUUUUAUUUGUUUCAGCAUUUAUUUCCCUUUUUUUUUUUUUGGUUUGUUUAUUCUGAUAAUUUUGUAAAGAUUUUUUUUAAAGAAAAGAGAAAAACUGAUAAGGAAUGGAGUUUAUCUAAAUUUAUAGAUGAUAUACAGCUGUACACUAGUUGAACUCAGUAGGAAAGCUACCCUUUAAAAGGGCAACAACAACAAAAAAAAAAAGAACGAAGGAAGAGUUGGGGAGAGCGCAUUCUCAACAUGGUGUGCAAAUCGUCUCUUGUUUAUAAUUUUGGACAGCAUGUGGAAACACAGAGUUCUCUGUGGCCUUCUGCAAAGGGGAACUCGACACGCACGGCCAACUGGUGCCACAGGUUAAAAAAAAAAGAAGAAAGAAAAAAGAAAUACAAACCAUGAAAUGGACAACCUGCGGCAUAGACUGAUGUUAAAAGCCCUUUCAGUCAGAUGGACAAACAAUGCAGCAAAAUGAGAAAGAAAAUGGGGAGAAAAACUUUUUUUCUCUCACUACGAGAAACUUUUAAUGUUGUUGACAUUUUGUAUUGAAGAAUCCCUCUUGCCAUGCUUCCUCUCACUAAAGACUAGUUUAUUUUUUAUUUUUUCCACAGUGAAAUAUUCACAGUCUGCCAAAUAGAACUCUUCCCCUUCACACUCUGGUAUUGAUCCUGUAAUGUACAUAUCAGAUGCACUUGACCUGCCAUAACACGACCCACUCAGAGAUAGUUAUUGUAGGCGAUUAGCAAGAGCUGAAGACGUGAUUACAGGGAGGUAUGAAGGAGUUGUUGCUUCUAGCUGCAUCUUUUUAGCUUGUGUGAAAAACAGCAAAACUGACUUCCAGAAGAGAUUCUUAGAAAAAAAUAAAAUUGAAAAAAAAAAAAAAAAACAGGUUCUACUGUUUACAUCAGACUCAGAAUAAAGACAAAAAAAAAA